AUGUUGGGCACGGCGAGACUGCUAGCGGCAAUAGCUUGCCUCUUGACCGCCGCCUCAGCCCGCAAGAACCUCAUUGUCGAUACAGACCUGUUCAGUGAUUGCGACGACGCCGCCGCGCUUCUCCUUGCGGCAACUUUUCCGGAAGUCAACCUGCUCGGAGUCCACAUCAACUCACGCUCCUCAUACUCGGUCCUAGCCGCCUCAGCCAUCCUCAGCCACUACGGCCACAGCCAGGUCCCCGUCGGCGCACGUCGUCCGCUAGAUGAUGCCUCUUUCUUUGACAACUGGACCAAACGCCUGGGGGAGUUUGCGAGCAAGCUCGCGACCCACUGGCCGAAGAGCAUGUCCGACGCCGAAGAGGCGUGGGACCCCGUGGAACUGUACCGCAAACUGCUCGCCGGCGCGGACGACGGUUCGGUGACGAUCGCCUCCAUCGGCUUCUUGCACAACCUGUCAGGUCUCCUCAACUCGACGGCCGAUUCGCACUCCCGUCUCGCCGGGCACGAGCUGGUCAGGGCCAAGGUGAGAGAACUCGUGGUCAUGGGCGGCGACUACCCCCAAGGCCACGAGUUCAACUUCUGGGGUGACGAUCCGUACACGACGGCCCACGUAGUCCACAACUGGAACACCCCGGUCGUCUACGCCGGUUACAGCCUCGGAGCCUCGGUGCUCUCGGGUGGGCCCCUCAUGGCCGACGGGCCCAAGACCGACCCAGUGCGGGCCGCAUACAUCCUGUACACGUACUACCAGCCACGGUGGUCUUUCGAUCCCAUCGCGAUGUUGUACGCCGUCGGCGGGCUCGGCGAGUAUUUCCGGUACGGGAACGAAUUUGGAUACAACACCAUCACCCUACACAACGACAGUGGCGGCUGCAGCGGCUGCAACGUCUGGGUGUUUGACCCGAACGUGACGAACCAGCACUGGCUCGACACGACGGUCAGUUAUGAGCGGCUCGAAAAGGAGCUGGACAGGCUCUAUGUUCUAGGCGCAGAGUCUUCGGGGAGGAGCUCCGAUCCAGUGGGAUCACUCCCCAAGUUUGGCGAUUGCAGGCCCGAGGCCCCCGGCUUCUUUCAGCUGCCCCCCGCGAAACCAGACUUGUGA